AUGGCCAUGGCCAAGAGCUUAGCGCCGCCGGUGGUGCUCAUAUUUGCCUUGUUCUGCAGCUACGCCGCCUCCAUCGCGUCCUCCGCCCAAGCUGCCGCUGCUUCGUCGUCCGAUGAUGGCUUCCUCCAAUGCCUCUCGGCGAGCAUCCCGAGCCAGCUGGUGUUCACACAGAGCUCGCCUUCGUUCACGCCGCUGCUCAAGUCCUCCAUCCGGAACCCAAAGUUCUUCACGGCCAGCACCGUGAGGCCGCUCUACAUCGUGACGCCGACGAACGCCUCCCACGUGCAGGCCGCCGUGGUGUGCGGCCGCCGGAGCGGGGUGCGCGUCCGCGUGCGCAGCGGCGGGCACGACUACGAGGGCCUGUCGUACCGGUCCGAGCGCCCCGGCGAGGCGUUCGCGGUGCUCGACCUGUCGAACCUCCGCGCCGUGCGCGUCGACGCGCGGGCCGCCACCGCGUGGGUCGACUCGGGAGCCACGCUCGGGGAGCUCUACUACGCCGUCGGCAAGGCCAGCAACCUGCUGGGGUUCCCGGCCGGCCUGUGCCCGACCGUCGGCGUGGGCGGACAUUUCAGCGGCGGCGGCUUCGGCAUGCUGCUGCGCAAGUACGGCCUCGCCAUCGACAGCGUCGUCGACGCGGUGCUGGUGGACGCCAAGGGGAGGCUCCUCAACAGGAAUACCAUGGGGAGCGACGUCUUCUGGGCCAUCCGAGGCGGCGGCGGCGAGAGCUUCGGCGUCGUGCUGUCGUGGCAGGUGAAGCUCGUGCCAGUCCCGGCGACCGUCACGGUGUUCAACGUCCCGGUGUCCGCCAGCCAGGGCGCCGUGGACGUGGUCACCAAGUGGCAGCAGGUCGCGCCAGCGCUGCCGGACGACCUCUUCAUCAGGGUGGUCGUCCAGCAGCAGACGGCCAGCUUCCAGUCCCUGUUCCUCGGCACGUGCGACGCGCUCCUGCCGGUGAUGAGCAGCCGCUUCCCGGAGCUGCGGUUCAACCGCACCUCCUGCAAGGAGAUGACGUGGAUCCAGUCCGUGCCCUACAUCUACCUCGGCAGCGGCUCCACGGUGGAGGACCUCCUGAACCGGACCACCGCCGCGUCCGUCUUCAGCAGCGGCUACAAGGCGACGUCCGACUACGUCCGGCAGGCCAUCCCGCGGGACGUGUGGGCCAACAUCUUCAGCAAGCUCGCGCAGCCCAACGCGGGGCUGAUGAUCCUGGACCCCUACGGCGCGCAGAUCGGCGCCGUGCCGGAGUCGGCGACGCCGUUCCCGCACCGCGCCGGCGUGCUGUACAACAUCCAGUACAUGAACUUCUGGCCCAUGGCUGGGGGAGACGGGGCCGUGCAGACCAAGUGGGUCAGGGACUUCUACGCGUUCAUGGCGCCGUACGUGAGCUCCAACCCGAGGGAGGCCUACUUCAACUACAGGGACCUGGACCUUGGCGAGAACGUCGUCGUCGGCAACGUCAGCAGCUACCAGGCCGGUAUGGUGUGGGGACACAAGUACUUCAAGGACAACUACCAGAGGCUCGCCAUGGCCAAGAGUCAGAUAGACCCCGACGACUACUUCAGGAACGAGCAGAGCAUCCCGCCACUUGCCAACAACAAGUAG